UAACUUCCCCACUCAUUCUCCACUUAACCUCUAAAUACACUGUAGAGAGGUAGCCUGGUAAAGCACGAAAGAAAAAGGCGCUUGGAAGCUGGAAAGGGGUGUAGUCUGGCGCAAUCGGAGGACUCGAUUCUUCAAGUGGUUAUUUUGGCAUAAGAUCAGACCCUCUCCAUCACCAUGUCAGUGAAGUCGGAUGGGAAGAGGAAGUGGGCGGCGGUGAGGGGCCAUCUGGGCUCCUCCCAGGACUCAGACACCCAGCUGGAGGCCAACCUGGAGAGUGCCGACCCAGAGCUGUGCAUAUGCAUGCUCCAGGUGCCCAGUGUGGUCAACUACUCUGGGCUGAAGCGUCGUCUGGAGGGCAGCGAGGAGUCCUGGAUGGUCCAGUUCCUGGAGCUGAGUGGGCUGGACCUGCUUCUGGAGGCCCUGGACAGGCUAUCUGGGAGGGGCUGCUCCCGCAUCACAGAUGCCCUGCUGCAGCUCACCUGUGUCAGCUGUGUCCGGGCCAUCAUGAACUCCUCGGCUGGGAUCCACUUUAUCAUGGAGAAUGAGGGCUACAUCCGCAAACUCUCCCAAGCCUUGGACACGUCCAAUACCAUGGUGAAGAAGCAGGUGUUUGAGCUGCUUGCUGCCCUGAGCAUGUUCUCCUCUGAUGGGUACCGUCAGGCCCUGGACGCCCUGGACCACUACAAGGGUGUGAAGACCCAGCUGUUUCGCUUCGGUGUGAUCAUGAAUGAGCUGCAGGCCACAGACAAUGUGCCCUACAUGGUCACCCUCCUCAGUGUCAUCAACGCCAUCAUCUUUGGGACAGACGACCUGCGACAGAGAGACAAGAUGCGCAAGGAGUUUAUCGGAUUACAAUUACUUGAUAUACUGCCCAAAUUGAGAGAUGAGGAGGAUGAGGACUUGAUCAUUCAGUGUGAGGUGUUUGAAGAGGCCAUGUAUGAGGAUGAGGAGGAGCUGCUGAGGGUCUAUGGAGGCAUAGACAUGAGCAGUCACCAGGAGGUGUUCAUCACCCUCUUCAACAAAGUGAGCAGCUCUCCGUCGUCCCUCCAGCUGCUGUCCAUCCUACAAGCCCUGCUGCUGCUGGGGCCCGACAGGGCUGACAUCUGGCAAGCCCUGGAGGCCCUCACUAACAGGGCCAUACUGCUGGAUCAGGACUCUCAUAUGGACUCCUGUGAGAUGAUUAUGCAACGCCUGGUGUUCUCCAAGCGCAAGAAGGCUGGUGUCGAUGCUGUGGAUGGUCUGCCACCCAAGAAGAUUGAUAAGGCUGUUCAGACCGAUAUGGUGGACGAUGACCAAGAAAGACUGACCAAAUGCUCCACAAUCUCCCAAGUGUCCUCUCCUCCACCACACCCUCCACCUUCCCUAUCUCCCAAUAUGAUGGAACAAGGUCCCCGUCAGUGCCCACCUCCCCCUCCUCUACCACUCCAACACAUUGGAGGUGGAGUACCCCCACCCCCACCUCCUCUACCAGGGAUGGGGGUGCCCCCAGGGUGCCCUCCCCCUCCUCCACCCCCACCUCCCCCACCAGGAAUGGGCGGUGGAGGACCUCCACCCCCCCCACCCUUGCCCGGUAUGCCAGGCCUGCUGCCUCCUCCUCCACCACCUCCUCCCCCUGGAAUGGGUGGCAUUGUGGUGGCCCAGAGUAGCCAGUCCCUGGGGUGUGCCCCUGCUGCUGCCUCCAAGGCAGGCCGUUGCCCCACCCUGAGGAUGAAGAAGCUCAACUGGCAGAAACUCAGAGCUGUCACUGAUGGUCAUUCCAUAUGGACUUCAGCUCAGAAAGACGCUCCUCUGGAGCCCAACUACUCCAGCAUCGAACAGCUGUUCUGUCUCCCAGUGACCGAACACAAAGACCAGGGGGCAGCUGCUCCUGUGAAGAAUGAGCCUAAAGAGAUCUCCUUUAUUGACGCAAAGAAGAACUUGAAUUUGAACAUAUUUCUCAAGCAAUUCAAAUGCUCACGUGAUGAGUUUGUGGCGUUGAUUCAGAGUGGGGAUCGCUCUAAGUUCGAUGUUGAGGUCUUGAAGCAGCUUAUUAAACUCUUACCUGAGAAACAUGAGAUAGAAAACCUGAAAUCCUUCCUGGGAGAAAAAGAAAAGUUGGCCAAUGUAGACCGAUUCUACAUCUCUCUCCUGGCUGUACCAUGUUACCAGCUGAGGAUAGACUGUAUGUUGCUGUGUGAGGAGACCGCCUCAGUACUGGACAUGCUCAAGCCCAAAGCAGAGGUGGUUGAAGCAGCAUGCCAGUGUCUCAGAAUGAGCACUCUCAUGCCUAGUUUCUGCAGGCUCAUCCUUGAUGUGGGAAACUUCCUCAACUAUGGAAGUCAAACAGGGAACGCUGAGGGCUUUAAGAUCAGCUCUCUGCUGAAACUGACGGAGACUAAGGCUAACAAGAGCCGCAUUACCCUGCUCCAUCACAUUCUGGAGGAGGCAGAGCUGAACCACCCAGAGCUGUUGAACCUUCCUGACGACAUUGAGAUUUGUGAAAAGGCAGCUGGAGUCAACCUUGACUCCAUUCAGGCAGAGGCCAGUGCCUUACUCAAACGACUGAAAGAAGUGGCAAAGAAGAUCUCCAACUCUUUGGACGAUGUAAAGGAGCAGUUCACAAAGGCCAUUGAGGAAAACCUGGAGGCCUGCCUGGAUUUGGAAGAGCGUUUUGCAGAGAUUGUGAGGAAGAAGGGUGACCUUGCCCUCUACCUGUGUGAGGAUGCAAACCAACUCUCCCUGGAAGAGCUCUUCAGCACCAUCAAGACCUUCAGGGGGCUUUUCCUCAAAGCCUUAAAGGAAAACAAGACCAGAAAAGAGCAGGCUGUGAAGGCGGAGAAAAGGAAGAAGCAGCUUGAGGAGGAGGAAUCCAAGAGACAGAAGGGGGAGAACGGAAAAAUAAUCCGGAAAGGACCCCCGCCACAGGACGAUGGCUGUAUUAUCGACCACCUCCUUGCUGAUAUCCGGAAAGGCUUUCAUCUCAGGAAGAUGUGGCCCAGGUGCGAAACGGAUAGCCCCCUCUCUAGUGAAAUGAAUAGGGAUACGGGCCAGCCCGGAUCAAGUGUCAAGCCUGUAAAAGAAGAAGUGGUAGCCUCUGUCUCAGAAGCCUCCAGCACUCUCAAUCCCACCCAACCCCAGGCAGAGGAGAGGGUACCAAGAGGAGGCGUGAACGGAUGCCCCAGCAAACCCCAAGAACAAUACCCCAAAGAAACAGCUUUGUCACAGACUAACUCGCUAACUCUGGAGAUACUGGGAACGGAUGUCCUAAAUAACACCCCAAGCCCCUCUACCUUCACAGACCUGGUUGAAAUCAACCAGAAUGAAAACAAUGGCCUGGUAACGGAGGACUUGAUGCCUGAGUGCCCACAGAACAAUGGAGAGAGUCACCUUAAUGGAGCCUGCACACUGGCUGUCACUGAUAUGGACAUGAUUAUAGAGAGCAAGCUGAUAGGAAAAACCAUUGGCCAAGAUGACGUUGAAGGUGAGAGCAGCAGCAUGAUGGUAAAGACUGUUGGACCAGAUGAGACUGGGGAUGACAUGACGGUGAAGAUGGUGGCACAGGAUGAGGGUGUAACUAACGGACACCGAGACGCCAAUGGCAACACAGAAGCCAAUGGCAACAAGCGUUUGGUAAGUGCGGCGCAAAGCGUACUGGCUUACGAUGUGCACGAUGGAGUGGAAUCUAAAGAUCUGCUCUCAUCGGUAUCUGAAACUCUGCCUUCUUUUGAGUCGGGACCCCUAACACCAGAGGAUAAAAUACAGCAGACGCUCUUUAGAAGAAACAAAAAGAAGGGUAAUGAAGGUAACACUGGAAAGGGACACCCUAAAUGUAAAAAGGGGUGUGUGUUGCAGUGAGGCGAUUCCCGGAAAAGGAAGUCAAGAGGGAGAAGGAAAUGUUGAGAAAUUUUUUUUGUGAUUUUUUUUUCAUACAUGGUUUCUGCACUUUGUAAUGGAUUACAUAGAAAUGGACUAGGCCUACAUUAUAUUGGACUAAAUUGAUUCCUCCAAGAAGAAAUCAGCAUGGUCUUUCUUCCUUUUAGAGGAUUUUUAGUCAAAAAAAUUGAGUGAAAUCAACUGAAAAGCUGCCAUGGUUCCCUGGAAAGGUUGAUUUGUAGCCGACCAAGAGGCUGAGUCAUGAACACGUUCCUAUGCAGCCUGUUAUGUUCCAGGAGGCUACCACUGUCUGUGGUCUCUGCACAGCCUCAAUUCCAGUAAACCUACUGUCACUUUUGAAGUAAAUUAAUGUAAUAUAUUGAAAAUAAAAGAGAAUUGCCUUAUUGUUA